AGACGGCGCCUCCCGGCAGACCUCCGGCUCGGCACCCUCGCUCCGUCCAUGCCCGGGCCUGCCCUCGCCGACCGGGGCUGCGCGCCACUCGCGGGCGACGCGCCGCACCGCGGGCGGCUCGCGGGAGAUGACGGGCCGUCAGCGGCCGCGCCGCCCGCCGCGGGGGAAGGCGUGGGGCCCUCCGCGCCGCUGGUGGCUGGCAGCGUGGGACUGCGGCAGCCCUUGGGCGCCUCAGGGGCGUGCUGCGGGCGCCGCUGGGGGCGGUGCUCUAGGUGCGGCGUGCUGCGGGGGUGGCCGCAGGCGGUGCGGCUGACCAUGCUCGGCCAUUCUUUCUGGGCCCCUGUCCUCUACACGACCUUCACCUCCAUUACGCUGGGUGCCCUGUUCGAUGCGUACCUGCUGAUCCUUGGUGGCUCCAACACGUUCGUGGGGGAGGUCGAGUCCAUCGGAGGCCUCACCGCCCUGGCCGUAGCAGUGCCGAUCGGCUGGGCGUGCGACCGCUUCCACAAGCCGGCGGUGCUGCGGGUCAACAUGGUCUUCGGCGUCGCCUCCGCCGCGCUGCUCUUGGGGGGCCUCUUCGGCCAGUCCUCUCCGCUGCUGAUCGCGGCCGUGGUCGCGUACGCGGCCCACACCCAGGCCAUCGCCGCAGUCGGCCCGGCGCUCAUCGCGGAGCUGGUCGAGUCUGGAGGCACCCUGACCCAAGCGAUGGGGGACUGGAUGACGACCAGGAGCCUCGCGCAGGCGAGUGGCCCCGCGCUGCAGAUCGUGGCCAUCGCCGCCCUCGGCACGGCGGGCGGCCCGGCGACGGGCAUCGCCUGGUCGCUGUCUGAGCUCCUCUGGAUUCUGGUCUUUGGUCUGGUCUUCCUCGCGGUGUAUGCCUCGUGUGCGUGGCGCGUGCACCGCUUCGCUCCCGCAGCAGCGGGCCGAGGCGAGGAGGGUCCCAGCGGCGCCCGCCCCUUGAGUUGCAGCCAGGAGGAAGCAGUGUUUGCUGGCCGGCGGUGGCUUUACGCGGGGCUCGCGGAGGCCUUUGCUCUCAUAACGGCCGUGGGGAGCGGUAUGACGUUCAAGUACUGGCCGCUCUUCUUCAAGGGUGACUUUCGCUUUUCUCCGUCAGGCGUGUGCUUGAUGCAGCUUCUCAUCUGGACUGCCAUCGCAGCUGGUUCGCAGCUUACCCCGAUCAUGGCAAGGUGUACAGGAAGGCUCCCUUCAGCUCUGCUGCUGCACGUGCUGGGCACUGGGCUGCUGUUCGUUAUCUCCAACCAUUCCCUCGGUCCCACCAUCGAGGUUCCUCUGGUGCUGGUGAGGAACUGUGUCAUGAAUUCUGCAACCCCCUUGGUCCAGGCUCACAGGGCUUGGAAAAAUUCCCCGACCCCGACGGACAAUGAAGAAUGUUGGUUCUGAUGAAGAUGAUUUGUGGACGGGGGACCUGGGGGGGCAAUUUUGGCAGGGACUCGACCUCGGGGUGCGGGGUGCGUUUCUGGCUGCUCAGGCCAUCAUCCUUGAGCUCGUGCCCCAAAAGCAUCGUGGAAAGUGGUCGAGCAUCGCAAGUCUCAGGAGAGUGUCGUGGUCCGGCUCGGCCCUCGUCGGCGGCGUGCUCAGCGACAGCCACGACUAUCGGUUUGCCUUCUUCAUAACAGCCUGUGUCCACAGCGUCUCUGGCUUAGUGCUCGCCGUAGUCACGAUCUUGGCGUGGUAUCGACCACCGUGGUGCUCCAGAGGGACGACUGGAGAGAGCUGAGUUCGUGCGCCACGACCGUGUAGGCAUGCCAUCGCCGUAUUUUUCUGCCUGGUCGUUUGGAGCAUCAGUCGCCUGGGAGGCAGCAGUGCUGUAUCAUGAUGGUCAUCGCCAUAAAUCACUAUCAUCGUUUGGCUGUC